GAACUCUCCAGAGCCCAAAGAGCCCACCCCCAAAUCCUCAUCAUCUUCAUCUUCGCCAAUCUCUCCUCAUCAAAACCUAUAAAUUCAAAUCAAACCCCUCAAUUUUCCCUCCAACUAAAUCAAUUACUCGAAUCCCAAAGGCGAAUAUGUCGCAAAACGAACCAGACGACGAAGAAAUAUACUCCGGGAUGCGAGCUAGCUUUCCUGUUUCAUUCGGCAAACAAUCCAAAUCACAAACCCCUCUGGAAACCAUCCACAAAUCCACUCUCCGCUCCGUCGACGUAUCGAAAAAUGUUUCGAAAGAGGCUAAUCCGUUCCCCUCUCUGUCCUCUUCCUCCAAGUCAUGGCUUGAUUCGCUCAAAAAGAAACCUAACCCUAACCCUAGGGGGAGUGUGAGUGGUGGUGAUGAUGUGGUUGUUGGCCCAGGGAGGCGUAGUUUAGGGACUGUGGUGGAGGAGGAUGAGGAUGGGGAUGAGGAGGAUGGUGAGAUGAUUGGGCCGCCGAGGCCUCCGGUGAUUAGUCAGGUGGAGGAGGAGGUGGAGAUUGGGCCUCCGAGGCCUCCGGUAGGUGUGAUGGAAUCGGAUAGUGAUAAAGAUGAUGAUUUAGAUGGGGAUCAAGGUGGAGUGAAUCGGUAUCGGAUUCCGUUGAACAAUGAGAUUGUCUUGAAAGGUCACACUAAAGUUGUUUCUGCACUUGCUAUUGAUCAUUCAGGUUCCAGAGUUCUAUCAGGUAGUUACGAUUACACAGUUAGAAUGUAUGACUUUCAAGGGAUGAAUGCUCGUUUGGAAUCAUUUAGACAGCUUGAGCCAUUUGAAGGCCACCAAGUACGUAGUCUAAGUUGGAGUCCUACUGCUGAUCGGUUUUUGUGUGUUAGUGGUUCAGCGGUGGCAAAGAUUUAUGACCGGGAUGGAUUAACAUUGGGCGAGUUUGUGAAAGGGGACAUGUAUAUUCGUGACCUGAAAAACACAAAGGGCCACAUAUCUGGACUGACUUGUGGGGAAUGGCAUCCCAAAGAAAGAGAGACUAUCUUGACAUCAUCGGAGGAUGGUUCAUUGCGUAUAUGGGAUGUAAAUGAGUUUAAGACCCAAAAGCAGGUUAUUAAACCAAGACUUUCAAAACCUGGUAGAACUCCUGUUACAACCUGUGCUUGGAAUCGUGACGGAAAGUGUAUUGCUGGUGGUAUUGGAGAUGGAUCAAUACAGAUAUGGAAUCUUAAGCCUGGGUGGGGAAGCAGGCCGGAUAUCUAUGUCGCUGCAGCUCACUCAGAUGAUAUUACUUGUCUUAAGUUUUCUAGUGAUGGUAAAACUCUGCUGUCAAGAAGCUUCGAUUGUACACUAAAGGUCUGGGAUCUGCGCCAAAUGAAGGAGCAUGUCCGUGUAAUAGAGGAUCUUCCCAAUAAUUAUCCACAAUGUAAUGUUGCUUUUAGUCCUGAUGAACAACUUUUCUUGACUGGAACAUCUAUUGAAAGGGAUAGCACUACAGGAGGCUUGCUAUGCUUUUAUGAUCGUGCAAAACUUGAACUCGUAUCUAAGGUCGGAAUAUCUCCAACAUAUAGUGUUGUGCAAUGUGCUUGGCACCCGAAGUUAAACCAGGUAUUUGCCACUGUAGGUGACAAACACAAUGGGGCAACUCAUGUAUUAUAUGAUCCAUCCCUCAGCGAGAGAGGAGCUCUUGUUAGUGUAGCACGUGCACCUAGGAAAAAAUCUAUCGAUGAUUUUCAGCCUGAGCCUCAGAUCCACAACCCGCAUGCACUACCUUUAUUUAGAGACCAGCCAAGCCGGAAACGUCAGCGUGAGAAGAUAUUGAAGGACCCACUUAAGUCUCAUAAACCUGAAGUUCCCAUGAACGGGCCUGGGCAUGGUGGCAGGGUUGGUACAACCAAGGGAAGCUUGUUAACUCAGUAUCUUCUCAAGCAAGGUGGCCUUAUUAAAGAGACAUGGAUGGACGAAGAUCCAAGAGAAGCUAUCCUGAAAUAUGCUGAUGCAGCCGAGAAAGAUCCUAAAUUUAUAGCUCCAGCAUAUUCUCAAACGCAGCCUGAGCCAGUUUUCGCAAAGUCGGACUCUGAAGAAGAUGAGAAAUAAUCUUGGUAUAAUAUCCUCGUUCUUUAGCGUACAUGGCUUGGUACUGUUGAGUUUUCUCAGGAGAGUUAUUACCUAUUCAUAUCCAGAUAAUUCAAGAUUUGUUGUAACGUGUCGAGUUUAGUUCUGCCUUGCACUGAAUUGCUCUAUAGACAAACAGUUUACUUAUAGCAAGUUAGUCAGAAGUUAUAUUUAUGGAAUUUUGUAAUCUAUUUGUAACAAGCAAUUUAUGUGUCUGAAUUCUGUACACUCGGAUCAUGUUUGUGUCUCUGAA